UAGACUUUAUCUCGAACCUUACUUUGUUACUAGCACCGAGCUUUUGAUGUUGAUCUUUCUAUUAAUAGCACAUUAAAUAAGAGUCAAUUGAUUUGUCAUGUGUAAGAGAUCAUCUUAAUUCUUAUCCCCAGUAUACAUUUAGACGAAGCUUAUAACGUCUUGUACUUUGUCCAUUUGUAAAUCUAUGAUUAUAUAUAGUUCACAUUUGAAAAUGCUCACGGCACAAUUCAAAUAUGUACAACAAAUUCAAACAUUAUAGUGGACAUAUACUGUAACUGCUUUCAAUGCCACUGUUUUAAUGUCUAUAACGUAAGGCAGCAUUCGUGAUUAUGGCUUUAAAAAGGACUAAUUAACGGCUAGAAAGUUGAUAGUUAAUUUCCAUUGUCUAAUUUUCAAAGUACUAGAACAUGCAAACGUAGCCUUCAUCUCACUCUAUAAAUAGCUCUACUUCGUUGGGUUUUUUUAAUCCAUUCACAAAAAAUAUUAAUCAUAACAAUGGAAGCUUUUAAUGUUACGCAAUUCCUGGUAUCUUUUCUUCUUCUUUUUGCACGAUCAACAACUUCCUCUUUACUCGUAAAAGCUCAAGGUGAUUCUGAACCUGUACUCGACGAUUCCGGUAACCCUAUCCUUAGAGGAGUGAAUUAUGUAAUCCUUCCAGUUGGUGGUGGCAAUGGUGGUGGUCUUCACGUUACAAACGCCUGGAAGGAGACCUCACCACGAUACGUAGGCCCACACACCGAUGAGUCUGCACUGGGCAGUAGCGUUCAGUUUUCACCAGCAGUGAACCGAAAAGACAAUACUAUCAAAUUAUCGACUGAUAUGAACGUAAAAUUUACGUCUAUAUCAUUGUCUGGAUCGUCCACAGUAUGGAGAGUUAAUCGAAACGCAGAUCAGCAAACUAUGUUUGUGACUGUUGGUGGAGUUGAAGGAAAUCCUGGACAUGAAACUUUUGAUAAUUGGUUUAAGAUUGACAAGUACGAGGAUGCCUACAAAUUUAGCUAUUGUCCUGCAGUCUGCAGUUAUUGCCAAACAAUUUGUGGAGACGUUGGAAUACUUACUGAAAGUGAUGGGGGCAGAAAGCUUUUGUUUAUUAGUAGAGGUAUUUAUCCUCUCAAAGUUAAAUUUCAUAAGGUUUAUUAGAAUUACCAAAAGUUAUAACUAUACUACUUGUAUGGUAUAAAUAAGUGUGUGAUUUCAGUGUGUAUUGUAUCAGUGAAGGAAUAAGGAAGAGUAGUCUUCCAGUAGUGUGUAUAAAUAAAGAUUGUUAUGGUUUUUAUUCGUGAAA